CUGCCACGGCAGCGAGAGCGCCGCCGUGCUGCGGCCCAGUGCUGCUCAAUGCUGUGUGUUGUGUCCUCGCUUCCUCCCCGCUGCUCCUCGCUGGCGUCUCGCAAUCCCAGCCCUGUCCCCGAAAAAGCGCUUUCGCAUCCCUGCCAUUCCGCUAGAUCCGUUCGCCAUCGAUCGUUGUCCCAGCACCCCGUCGUUCUCCCCCAGAGCCUCCCCGCCGACGCCAACCGAUCCACCAUGAACGCAGCUUAUAUGACGGACGAGUAUGGCCGUCCCUACAUCAUCAUGAGGGAGCAGGGCAAGAAGACUCGACUGACCGGUAUUGAGGCCCAGAAGACCCAUAUCCUGGCUGCCCGGACCGUGGCUGAUAUCGUCAAGACCUCGCUGGGUCCCCGAGGCCUCGACAAGAUCCUCAUCUCCCCCGAUGGCGACAUCACUGUCACCAACGACGGAGCCACUAUCCUGAGCCAGAUGGAGGUCGAGCAUCAGAUCGCCAAGCUCCUUGUCCAGCUCUCGAGAAGCCAGGAUGACGAGAUCGGCGACGGAACCACCGGUGUCGUUGUUUUGGCCGGUGCUCUGCUGGAGCAAGCCGAGCUUUUGCUCGACAAGGGUAUCCAUCCCAUCCGCAUCUCGGACGGCUUCGAGCGCGCUUGCAACAUUGCCGUUUCCCACCUCGAGGGCAUUGCCGACACGAUCGAGUUCAGCAAGCAAGACACCAGCAUCCUCCUCAAGACAGCCAAGACCUCCUUGGGCUCUAAGAUUGUGUCCAAGUACCACGAUAAGUUUGCCCAGAUGGCCGUCGAUGCCGUUCUGUCGGUUGCGGAUCUGGAUCGCAAGGACGUCGACUUUGAGCUGAUCAAGAUUGACGGCAAGAUGGGCGGCUCGCUCCAGGACUCCCAGCUUGUCUAUGGUGUCGUCGUCGACAAGGACAUUUCCCAUCCCCAGAUGAGCAAAGAGAUCCGCGACGCCAAGAUCGCCAUCCUGACCUGCCCCUUUGAGCCCCCGAAGCCCAAGACUAAGCACAAGCUCGACAUUACCUCGGCCGAGGAGUACAAGAAGCUGCAGCAGUAUGAGAAGGACAAAUUCCAGGAGAUGGUCAAACUGGUCAAGGACUCGGGUGCCAACCUCGUCGUCUGCCAGUGGGGAUUCGACGACGAAGCCAACCACCUGCUUCUGCAAAACAAGCUGCCUGCCGUCCGAUGGGUUGGCGGCCCUGAAAUCGAGCUCAUUGCCAUCGCCACCAACGGCCGCAUCGUCCCUCGCUUCGAGGAGCUCUCGGCCGACAAGCUCGGCCGUGCCGGUAUUGUCCGCGAAGUCUCCUUUGGCACCACCAAGGACCGCAUGCUCAUCAUCGAGGAGUGCGCCAACACCCGCGCCGUCACGCUGUUCUGCCGUGGUGGCAACAAGAUGAUCAUCGAUGAGGCCAAGAGAAGCUUACACGACGCCAUUUGCGUCGUCCGCAACCUGAUCCGCGACAACCGUAUCAUCUACGGCGGUGGCUCGGCUGAAAUCGCCGCCUCCUUGGCUGUCGCCAAGGCUGCUGACUUUACUUCCACCAUCGAGCAGUAUGCCAUGCGCGGUUUCGCCGCUGCACUGGACGCCAUCCCUCUGGCUCUGGCCCAGAACUCGGGUUUGUCUCCGAUUGAGACCCUUGCUGAUGUCAAGUCGCGACAAAUCGCCGAGAGCAACCCCAGACUUGGCAUCGACUGCAACCUCAAUGGAACCAACGACAUGAAGGAGCAGAACGUCUUUGAUCCCCUCAUCUCCAAGCGCUCGCAGUUCCUCCUCGCCACCCAGCUGGUGAAGAUGAUUCUCAAGAUCGAUGAUGUCAUCCAGCCUGGAGAGGUCGCUAACGAAUAAAGCGGUCGUUUGAUGAGCGAGUGUCUCAGCUUCCAACAGCUUUCUCUGACUGUUGCCAUCAUGAACUGAUACAAGGGACGAUGUGGAUGUGUUGUAGAUGUGGAUGGUGCAGCCCUGUUUGGCGGCCUUGUCUUCCCCCUCACUUCCCUGCUCCGCAUAUCGAGCCUUAUACAGCGUUUGCAAACUAAACGUGCAGCGACAUGAGCCUUCUGCCAUUGCCAGGAAGGGCUGGGAACGAGGG